AUGCGUCAAACCGGAGAUGACCAAUGUCAUCUUCUUCCCCCAGAUUUUCUUCAACAUUUUCCUGAAGGAUUGAAGAUCCUCUAUGUCGGCUCUGAUAAUUACACCCAAACUUUAAUUCACAGAAAUCUUCAACGCCCAUUUUAUUUCAUCAGUCCGUAUACCAGCGGUCGUAUUGCCUUAUCACACUUACGAGACAAACAUGAUUCUUAUGACUUGGUUCUCAGUGACGAGUGUCUAGAAGACAUGGAUGUCCAUGACUUUAUCAUCAGACACAAACACUUGAACACAAAUAUUCCUAACGUUGUAAUAUCUGGGAAUGAAAGAUUAAGUGACAUCGUGAAAGCAUUCAGAUGCGGUGGGUCUUAUGUAUUGAGGAAGCCAGUGAGUGAGGACGAGCUGAUAAAUUUAUGGCAGCAUGUUUGCAGGAAAAAGGAACAAACUGGGACUGAGUUCUUCAAGAGUGACGCUGAAGAAAAACGUCAGCAGAAUAAAUUAGAACGACGACAUUAUCCUCAUCAGGAUGAGGUUUCUAAUGAUAAUUCUUCUCUUCUUCUCAGAGGUAAGAGUCCGCCAGUGGAAGACGACAAUGAGUUUGUGAAUCGUGGAGAACCUCCUCAGAAGAAACGACGAGUCGUCUGGAGCGCUGACCUCCAUAAAAAGUUUGAAAGAGCGGUGGUACAGCUUGGCGUUGACAAGGCAGUGCCAAAACAAAUUCUUGAAUUGAUGAACGUGCCUUAUCUGACGAGAGAGCAUGUUGCAAGUCACUUACAGAAAUAUAGACUAAGGAAAGAGAGGGAAGAGCGUCGUAAUGGUCAAAAUCAACGUGGGGAUGGCCAUGGAGAAGACAGGCAUAGUAUUUGCGCUCCACCACCUCUUGCAAUUGUUCACCCUAAUAUUAACAUGAUGCCUUUUUACCCCAACGAAUCACUGCUCCUCCAUUUACUCACCAGGCAGUUAAAUGGACCGUAUUAG